CUUUCAGGUGCGCCUUCCCAAUAGUCAACGACACCCACUGCUUCUUUGUUCCUCAUACAUCAUCCGAACUGGUCGACGACACUUGAGAAAACUUCUACUCCAGUACCGGUCUCAACAGAUUCCUUCGAGACCUCUUGCUGCCUUGACAUCCUUCUAGCAAGAUGGUUCUCUCAGACCUGGGCCGGCGCAUCAAUGCCGCAGUCCAUAACCUCAAUCGAGAGGCCAACCUCGAUGAAAAGGCCUUCGAUGCUAUGGUCAAAGAAAUUUGCUCUGCCCUACUAUCUGCCGAUGUCAACGUACGACUCGUCAAGCACCUCCGAAGAUCAAUACAAAGCGCUGUCAAUUUCAAAGACCUUCCCCCCAACACCAGUACAAAUGCCAAAAAAAGAUUAAUUCAGCAAGCCGUCUUCAAUCAUCUCGUUCAGUUAGUCGAUCCUCACGCGGAACCCUACAAACCCAAGAAGGGAAAGUCCAAUGUCAUCAUGUUUGUCGGGCUACAGGGCGCUGGUAAAACCACUACAUGCACAAAGUUGGCCAGAUAUUAUGCGCAAAGGGGAUUCAAAGCCUGUUUGGUUUGUGCCGACACAUUUCGAGCUGGUGCCUACGACCAACUGAAACAAAAUGCGACAAAAGCAAAAAUUCCAUACUUUGGCUCUUUGACACAGACGGAUCCUGCUGUGGUGGCUGCUGAGGGUGUUGCCAGGUUCAAGAAGGAAAAGUUUGAAAUCAUUAUCGUCGACACAUCAGGCCGACAUCAACAGGAGGCUGAUCUAUUCGAGGAAAUGGUUCAGGUACAGAAUGCAAUCAAGCCAGAUCAAACGAUCAUGGUACUGGACGGCACUAUCGGUCAAGCUGCUGAAUCACAAUCUUCGGCCUUCAAAGCUACUGCUGAUUUUGGUGCAAUCAUCAUCACCAAGACCGAUGGUGGUGCUGCAGGAGGUGGAGCUAUUUCUGCCGUGGCCGCCACCCACACACCUAUCAUCUUCCUGGGCACUGGUGAACACAUGAUGGAUUUUGAACGAUUUGCCCCGAAACCAUUCAUCUCCAAACUCCUAGGAUACGGUGACAUGACUGGGCUGAUCGAUCAUAUUCAAUCCGUCACCAGAGACUCGGCCGGAAUGAAAGAGACACAGAAGCAUUUGGCCGAAGGAAUUUUCACAAUUCGUGAUAUGAAGGAACAAAUUUCAAAUAUAAUGAAGAUGGGCCCCUUAUCCAAGGUCGCUGGCAUGAUCCCUGGACUGGGUGGCAUGAUGGCCGGAAUGAGUGAUGAGGAUGGCACCGAGAAGCUCAAGCGAAUGAUCUAUAUUUUCGAUAGCAUGACAAUCAAAGAGCUUGAUUCUGACGGCAAGAUGUUGAUCUCAGAACCAGCACGAAUGGUCAGAAUAGCGUGCGGCAGUGGUACCUCGGUGAGAGAAGUUGAAGAACUUUUGACACAGCACAAAGUCAUGAGCGGCCUAGCCAAGAACAUGAGUGGACAGAAGAAGAACAUGCAAAAGGCCAACGCCAUGUUGCAAGGUGGGAACAAGCAGCAACAACUUGCCGCGCUGCAGAAGCGGAUGCAGUCCAUGGGAGGACGGGGCGCUCCCGGUGGCGGUCAAAUGCAGCAAAUGCAACAGCUCAUGAGUCAGAUGGGCAUGGGCGGACAAGGAGGUGGCAUGCCCGAUAUGUCAACUCUAAUGUCCCAGUAUGGCAACAUGUUUGGCGGAGGUGGAGGUGCCGCUGGUCGAGGUCGGGGACGCUGAGUCAAAGCUCGGCCCAUUGUCGAGCAAUAUGAAGAGCAACAAGGCAUCACUGCUCCGUCAUCGAGGAACUAGGUCCUCUUCCUACUCACUCAUAACCCUUCGACACACACGCCCACAACCUCAUACCCAUGGAGCUACUUCAAAAGCACUCUCGCCACGCCUAAAGGGCAUUGAAAGAGAACAUAAACAUGUUCGGCCUGUGUGUUGAACAGACAUUGGGGUUCAGGCCUGCAGACAACCACCACGCACCCAUAGCUGGCUCUCUGAAAAUGCUAAAAAGUUGAGAUGAGGGCACUGCCCAUGUCAUAUGCCAACAGAGACUCGUGGCACAUAGCUGGUGCUUCAAAUGGAAUGCCAUCAAGAUUAUGACUAACCGAACGAGAGGAGACACGCAGGGUUAUAGAGCGUGCUUGGAUUGCAGCUGAUUCAUCGGUUCUUUCGCGGAUGUACAUGGCAUACACUUGGGUUGGCCGUGAAUGCAGUACGCAAUGCAUCAUUAGCAUGAACAAGCGGGAGCGAUGAAAUAUUCAGAUACUAUUCUACCAAAUGUCCAAGCAUUCCAG